AUGGCUUCCUCCUCCGAACCUCUUCACCUGUACCCGACCCGUCGAGCGACGUACCACAAGUCACGCAAAGGUGCCUCCCGAUCACUCAAUUGGCCGCACCCGUUGACCAAAGCCGCGGCGAGCACGUCGUCGAUCCACGCCGACCACCUCUCCCGCGCCGGAUUCUACUCGACGCCUAGCUCGGACCACCCCUCCUCAACGACCUGUUUCCUGUGCGACCUCGUCGUCGACGGAUGGAGCGAAGGUGACGAACCCGUAUCGCUUCAUCUGACGAGGUCGCCGCACUGCGGAUGGGCUAUCCUCUUGUCCAACAUGGCCGAUGACCCGAACAAGAUCCGCAAGCAUUGGCACUGGGGAAUCGAUGGCAGCGAUUGGCCUAGGUCGGACAAGAUCCAGAGUGCGCGACUCAUGUCGUUCGAGCGAGGAUGGCCUCAUAACGGUGCCAAGGGGGUGCCGACCGUGCAGCAGGUGAGCCCAAGCUCGCAGUUUGCUCUCGGCAGAGGCUGUUCAUUGACCCAACCUGGCCUCGAUGUCUUUCACUUUCACAGCUCGCCUCUGCGGGAUGGUGGUUCCGACCAGAGGCAGAUGAAGACGCCGGCGAUCGAUGCUACUGCCCGUACUGCACUCGCACCGUCGAAGGAUGGGAGGCCGGAGACGACGCCGUGUAAGCCACCAAACCCCUCCCUCGAGGUCUCCCCUUGAGGUCUCCCCUCGAGGUCUCCCCUCGAUAUCUUCUGACCACGCACGAUUUUCUCUCCGCAGCGCCCUGCAUCAGCGCAAACUCGGCCUCGAAUGCCCCUUCUUCCUCGCCGAGCGACCGCCUCAACUCCUCGCUGAAGAUGUCGCGCCCAUCGCCUCGGCUUCGACGACCAAAAACGCUGGUCUCUCUCGUUCGAAAGGACGACAGAAGCUCGCUGCGGAGGUCAACGAAGAGCUCGAGUCUGAAAUUGAAGAAGUGAUCGAACCCGUGAGUCGUGGAUUGGACUGUCAAUGUAAAUCCAUCAUCCCGUAACGAAUAGUACCUACCCAUCGCCUCACAGAUUCCCUCGCGAUCAUCUCGUGCGACGAAAACACCCGCCUCGAUCGUCGCCCCGACCCCUACAGCAGAUCGUGAAGGUCCACCCCCAUCGAAAGCCUCAACGACCCGAUCGACGCGUUCACGCAAGGGCAAAGCCUCGACGAAACAUACCCCUGCGCCCGUGGAAGAAGACGAUCGGGAGCCUGCGCCUGAAGUCGAAGAGGCGAACGACUCGGUCAUCGAGAUCGAGAUUUCGCACACGAUGUCACCCUCCGUUCGACUACCGCCUCGCAAGACGCGUGGUACAAAGGCGCCACGCGUUGUCGAGUCCGAAGUAGAGGAGGAGAUAGCGCCUGAGGCUGAGGCUGAGAAAGUUAUCGGGGAUGGAGCUGAGCUAGACUUUGUCGAGGAUCUGGUUUCGACCACUCGUGUAGUGGAGGAGGAGGAGGAAGAAGAAAUCGCCCCGCCUCCGGUUAAAAAGGCGACCAAGGUGAAGAAGGGGUCCAAGUCGAAGCGAUCGACGAAAUCCAAGAUCGUCGAACCCGAGCCUGAAGUCGAAGUCGAACCCGAGGCCCCGGAAGCUGACGAAGAGAUACCCGAAGCCGUCCCUGAACCCAUCAUCAUCGAGGAACCCGAGCCCGACGUACCCGCAGUCGAAAGCGCCGCUGAACCCGAGCCUGCGCCUGACGUCGACGUGGCCAAGACCGCCCCAAAGCCCAAGACGAGGAAGACGAAAUCAAAAUCCUCCAAGUCAAAACCCACCGCUCCCCAAACGCCCAUCGUCAUUGCCGCAGACCCCAUCUCCCCUCCUCGAUCCGCCGCACACUCGGUCCGAGCCGCACCUUCCCUCCCUCUUCCAGCGCUGAACAAUCCCUUCACUCCUCGACCGGACAACCCCUUCUCACUCGACGCCCCCCUCGUCCCUUCGUUGACCCCCGACGCUCGCAAGCUUUCCCUCGAAGCAUGGUACAACCAUUGUGGUCAAACGGCUUACACGGCAUUGGAACAGGAGAUGGGUCACGAGAUGCGCGAGUUCGAGAAGAGGAUCGAGGAUGGAAACAAGUUAUUCGAGAAAAUGAUUGAGGAUGCGAAGAGGAGGGAGGCAGUGGUCGCGCAUCAGCAACAGCAACAGGCGCAAAUGCAGCAGCCGAGUGUACUCGGUCAGGCGGUUCGAAGAAUGCGAUGA